AUGUGCCUUUCGACUUAAAACAACAGCAGCGUUCCUAUCCGCCCUUCGACUCCGUCACGCAACGAGGCUUUACUUUGAAAAUGUUUUCCGGAAGUGGAAUAUUUGCCGGCAGCGAACGUUGGAGUGACACCAAAGCGGCGGUGAGAAACGUGUGGGUGACGUCACAGUCAGACGGAACACAACACUCGGAGCCCGUCGGCGGCGCCGGUCGUCGUUCCCGCAGACCGAGAGAGGCUGACGUGGACGCCCCCCGUGGCCUGUGGACUCCCGCGGCGGAACCCAAGGAUGGGCCCCGCGUCCCGCUUUCUGAGGAGAUGUCACUGGGUCGGCUCCUGCGGCGCGCCUCCUCCAAGGCCUCCGACCUCUUGACCUUUAACCCCGGCGCGACGCUGCGCUCGGGCUCGGACGGCGAGAUCGUUUACUCCAAAAACAACGUGUGCGUGCACCCCGCCGAGCCGCUGCCCGGCCUGGCGGAGCACCACCCGGGCUACCUGUGCGUGCACGUGGAGAAGGACGAGAGCCUGGGCACCACUCUCAUUCUGACCUGGGUGCCCAACUCGCGCAUCCAGAAGCGGGACGAAGAGGCCAUGCGCUACAUCACGCCCGAGAGCUCGCCCGUGCGACGGAACGCGCGCCGCGGAGGCCGGCGACGGCACUCGCGCCCCCCCGCCGCACAAGCGGAAGACGACGAGGACGAGGACGAGGAGAGGAACGUCGCCCGCGGCUCCUCCGCCGACGAGGCCGACGAGGGCUCGUGCGAGCUGUCGGACGAAGUGAGCCGCGACAGCGCCACGGGCUCCGACUCGGACACCUUCUCCUCGCCCUUCUGCUUGUCGCCCGUCAGCGAGGCGCUCCGUGAGGGCGGCGGCUCCGUCUUCUUGGACAACGACUGCAGGGAGCCGUCCGAGGAGUUCGCGCGCCGCUCGACGAGCUCCGCCUCCGCCUCCAGCCCGGAGAGCGACGGCCAGUCGCAGGGCGCCCGGUGGGAAGAGCGGCAGAAGGCGCUGGCGCUGGAGCGGCUGCGCGCCGUGUUCCGGGUGGACCUGGGUCACAUGAGGUCGCUGCGGCUCUUCUUCAGUGACGACGCGUGCGCCGGCGGCCAGCUGGUGAUAGCCAGCCGAGAGAGCCAGUACAAGAUCCUCCACUUCCACCGCGCCGGCCUGGACAAGCUGGCCGAGGUUUUCCAGCAGUGGAAGUGCUGCAGGGAGACGCGACUCAAAGACCAGGUGCCCGACGAGAAGACCUGCAUGCACUUUUCCAUCCAGAGGUCCGCGCCGCCGUCGGCCGAGAGCCACCCCGAGGAGAAGCUGUACCGCAGGCUGGACGUCAGCACCUGGCUACGACACCUCGACGACAACGGCCAGGUGGAGGAGGAGUAUAAACUACGCAAGGCCAUCUUCUUCGGGGGCAUCGAGCCAUCCAUCCGUGGCGAGGUGUGGCCCUUCCUGUUGCACUACUACACUUGCGACUCCACCUCGCAGGAGAGGGAGGCCUGGAGGCUAGAGAAGCGGGUGCACUACCAUGACGUCCAGCAGAGGAGGUUAUCCAUGAGCCCCGAGGAGCACAGCGACUUCUGGAGGAAGGUCCAGUUCACCGUGGACAAGGAUGUGGUGAGGACGGACCGCAACAACCAGUUCUUCAGAGGCGAGAACAACCCCAACGUGGAGAUGAUGAGGCGUGUGCUGCUCAACUACGCCGUGUUCAACCCCGACACGGGCUACUGCCAGGGCAUGUCGGACCUGGUGGCCCCGCUCCUGACCGAGAUCCAGGACGAAAGCGACACGUUCUGGUGCUUCGUGGGCCUCAUGGAGAACACCAUCUUCAUCAGCUCGCCACGGGACGAGGACAUGGAGAGGCAGCUGGUAGCGUCUCGUCGGAUCGCCAAGCGAGCUGGUAGCGAUACGUCGAGCGAGCCGUACGAUGUGUGCGUGUUGCGUGUGCUUGCGGCGCAGAUGUACCUGCGGGAGCUGCUGCGCCUGAUGCUGCCUCGCUUCCACCGGCACCUGACGGCGCUGGGCGAGGACGGCCUCCAGCUGCUCUUCUGCCACCGCUGGAUCCUCCUGUGCUUCAAGCGCGAGUUCCCCGACACGGACGCUCUGCGCAUGUGGGAGGCGUGCUGGGCUCACUACCAGACGGAUUACUUCCACCUGUUCCUGUGCGUGGCCAUCAUCGUCCUCCACGGCGACGACGUGACGGAUCAGCAGCUGGCCACCGACCAAAUGCUGCUGCACUUCAGCAACCUGUCCAUGCGCAUGAACGGAGAGCUGGUGCUGCGCAAGGCGCGCAGCCUCCUCUACCAGUUCCGCCUCCUACCCAGAAUCCCGUGCAGCCUCCACGACCUGUGCAAACUGUGCGGCCCGGGCAUGUGGGAUAGCCGCUACAUCCCCGCCGUGGAGUGUUCCGGCGAGCACCCGGACUCGCAGAGCUGUCCUUACGGGGGCACGUCUACGCCGCGGCCGUCCUCGCCCGACCCCUCGGGAGCCUCCAAAUCUCGCGAGACUUUCGCCUUCGGGAAACAGUCUUGAGGAGGAGCCCAGAUCCGCCGGGAUUCCUGGAGUAUUUCCCGCCGCGCCGUCUCGCUUUCGUGCGUCACGUGAAAGUCGAGGUCGGCGGUGCCUCUCGUUCGCCUCCUGAAGCGGCGGCCGUUCCGGCGGGGGGCGCUUCCGCGGGCUUUUCGUGGGUCGCGGCGGGGUCGGAGGUGAGCCGCGCGGGCUUCCCGCGGAUCUGACCGACGCGGGUCAAAACUGAACCACUGAGAAUUCAUUCACAGCAAGUGAACUUUGAACCGCGCUCUCACAAAGGCGCGUUUGUCUUCAGCUAGCAAUGUGCAGAUCUUUAUUCGAAGAGAAAUAUUUAUAUAUUAUAUUAUAUUAUAUAUUAUAAGACUUUUCUCUCCGCACAUACAAAUCCAUGCGUUUUCCGGCGUGCUUCUCACGCGGGUCACGGGCGUGCCGGGGCCUAUCCCAGCUGACUCUGGGCGAGAGGCGGGGUACACCCUGAACCGGUCGCCAGCCCAUCGCAGGGCGCACGUAAACAAACAACCAUUCGUGCUUCCAUUCACACCUACGGGCAAUUUAGAGUCUUCAAUCAACCUACCAACAUGACAUGGGCCAAUCCCGUGACACUUCAGCGGAAGUCUGUUUUGCUUUUUCUUGAGCUUGUACGUUUAUGCGGGACGGCGGCGGCGAGCUCACUCGCCUCGCGGUCCCGAGGUUCCGGGUCGGAAGAACCGCGAGUGGCUUCGGGACGCCGUUGAGCGACAGUCCAGUGAUUGUUAUGCCCAUCCGGAAUUCCAACUGGAGGAUGGCACCGUAAAUAGCGUCACGGAGUCGCGGGCUCACAACAAACUGUAUUCAUCCGUGAUCAAAUGAAUUCACCGCUGCUCUGAUCAUCGCUGAGACCUUGACUUCGAAUCUUCUCCCAUUUCUGUCGUCCUUCGUGAACGCACACUGAUGAUCAAAAUAUGACAUUUGCAAACGUUUGCAAAACAAUGAGCAACAUUUUUGCCAAUUUGCAAAGCGGAAACUGAAUCAACAUCAUUUUCUUUUGAAUUGAUCACGGGAAUAAUGGCUAUUGGCAGCCUCGGAACUUCAGAAGUGGACAUGAAAGUAGUAACCCUUCGCACCAAUCGGUCCCCAAGAAGUCGGCGACGAGUCGUAUAUCAUCACUCCCUCUCGUCUGAGUAGUUCUUCAUUGUUGUUUGUUUUUUUUGUUUUUUUCAAUCAUUAAACGGUAUAAUAAUCGCUUCAUAAACGGUAAAAUAAAGAAGAGGAUUUUGCAAUAAUAUUGCUAAAAUGCUAGUUUGCCCUCGCAUGUGGGAAAGCAGAGCCACAUUCACAUUUGCCGGACAAACGCAGUCCGAUCACGUGUGCCGCAGCUGCCGAAGUUCACGGCUCACGCUCACACACACUCGCACCAGGCCCCGCCUCUUAAAGGCACAGUCACAACAAUACACGGACAGUCUUUUCUAUACAUGUUGUUUCCGUGUGUGUGUGUGUGUGUGUUCAAACAUGUUUGCAAUGUGGAACUUUUCCACCGUUUAACGUGGCUGACGCUAGAAUCUUAUGCGGAAAACGGGGUGGACGCCAAAUUCGGAGGGUGGCCGCGGCCGCGGCCUCUCCUGUGUCGUGUGUUCAAAAUGCCUUCAGGUGCUGCAAAAAUAUGUCGGAAAUCUACCAAUUCCAAGUUGAACUAAAGUCUACCCGCCGCUUGCCGGAAAGGCUUUAUGAGGUCAAAAACAGGUCGCGGAAUGCGUUUGGCAGCUGCCAAAAUUGGGAUCGUGUGCCAAGCCAGAAGAUUGAAGGUGAGGUUUUGUCAUGUGCGCUCGCUCAGCUGUGGCCACGCAGGAGUGUGGCGGAUUUUUCUUUUUCCGUAUUUUCUUUGAUUGACACUGUGUCAUUACUCGCAGUCGCUCCAAAUGUUUGUGUGCUUCGCUCGCACUGAACAGGCUCCAACUCUUUAGUGUGUGUGUGUGUAAAGUGGAGUGACCUUUUAAACAUCUGGUAAUAAGUGGAGCAUAGAAGCCCCCCCCCCCCCCCCCCCCCCCCCCCAGCUCAGUCUCUGUAAUUACACCAUUCAUCUUUGGGAUUGAGUUGAAGCAAACCAAACCUUUUUUUGCACGGAUUCUCUCACUGGGCUGUGGGCGCCAUCUUCAAACGACUAUCUGCUAUCAUGUUUCCAUAUUAAAAAAAGACCCCAAAAAAUCAAGGUAAAAGUCCCUUGACCUUCUAAAUAUGUUUUACGUUUAUGUUUAAAGAGAAUGCAAAGACUUGAGAACUAUGCACUUCUGAAUUGCGGAGCUAGAACGUGAAGGUGUUUUUUUUCACCGUUUCACUUUACAGGGAUUUCUUAAUUGUUACUUUUGAAAAGACGGUUUUGAAGGCUAGCCGGCAACGUGCGGCCGGCGGCUCAAUUCCAAAGAGUGCGUUUUCAAUUCUCACUGCCAAUUUUGAUACUUUGUCAUCUAUUUUGGUUGUGUCCCUUUCGCAUCAUUCAUGUGCAUUUCAAAAAAGAAUUUGAAUAGAAAUAAACGUUUGCAUGAGC